AUGGCUGCUUCAGUGGAAUCCCCAUCCCCAGCUGCCCACCUCAACAAGGAGUCUACAAGCUUGAUUGUUUCUUCUCCUCUGUAUAGCCCAGCUUCAGAUAAGCGUUUUUGGAGCGCUCUCCGUAGCCGGACCGACAAGCUUCUCGAGAGUCGGCACCGUGAUGUCUCGAUCGGCCAAGAUCAGCUCAAUCUUGACCCUUCUUUAAGCACCCGUGUGAGAGUAGGUGAAUCGGAUCGAGCUAAGAGAAUGAAGGAGGAUUCAUUACUUCUGUUAAGAGGGUUUGACUCCAUUGCUCAAAAUCUCUCUCAGCUCUCCAAUAAUCUGGGCAAUGCUCUUCAGGGAGCUAGACAUCUAGCUGAACCACCCACAUUGAGAGAAAUAUUCCACAGUAGGCUCGAGAACUCUGAGAUCGAACAAGAAGUAGAAAAGCAACAAAAUGAAGAAGAAGAGGAGAAGAAGAAAGGAUUGAAGAGGAAGUUUGAUCCAGAUGAUAGAUUAGAAGAUCAAGGAAAUGAUUUUCACAAGGAGAAUGAGCAACGUCUCGAGGAUAAAAGGCUGAAGAAAGCCAAAAAUCUGGCAGUUUCCAUGGCAGCAAAAGCAGCUGCACUUGCCAGGGAACUCAAAUCUAUAAAAUCUGAUUUAUGUUUUAUGCAAGAGCGAUGCGCUCUGCUUGAAGAGGAAAACAGAAGGAUUCGAGAUGGAUUCUGUGGAGGGACUAGACCAGAAGAAGAUGAUCUGAUGAGGCUUCAAAUGGAAGCACUACUUGCAGAGAAGUCCAGAUUAGGAAAUGAAAAUGCCAAUCUUAAACGGGAAAACCAAUGCCUUCACCAGCUCGUAGAAUACCACCAGAUCACUACACAAGAUCUCUCUGCAUCGUAUGAGCAAGUUAUACAUGGAAUGUGCUUGGACUUUUCUUCUCCAACAUCCUCUAUAAUCGAAGAGGCAGACAAUGAAGAUGAUAGUGAAGUUGGAAAAACACCUCGGAAGGAUAUUUUUGGAUUCGCCACUUCUCUUGACGAAGUAGGGGGUGAGUAA